GAGAUUCAGGGAAUGAUGUCAUAUUUGUAGCAAGUGAUGAGGAAGAGGUGAUUAAUAGAAUGAUGUGAUAAAAUGCAGGUUUAGUAUUGAAUACUGACACAAAGGUGUAUAGGCAAGUUGUGAGGAAGAGGUGAUUAAUAGAAUGACAUUAAUAGAAUGCAGGUUUCGUAUUGAAUAUUAACACAAAGGUGUAUAGGCAAGUGGUGAGGAAGAGGUGAUUAAUAGAAUGACGUGAAUAGAAUGCAGGUUUAGUAUUGAAUAUUAACACAAAGGUGUAUAGGCAAGUGGUGAGGAAGAGGUGAUUAAUAGAAUGACGUGAAUAAAAUGCAGGUUUAGUAUUGAAUAUUAACACAAAGGUGUAUAGGCAAGGGGUGAGGAAGAGGUGAUUAAUAGAAUGACAUUAAUAGAAUGCAGGUUUCGUAUUGAAUAUUAACACAAAGGUGUAUAUGCAAGUGGUGAGGAAGAGGUGAUUAAUAGAAUGACAUUAAUAGAAUGCAGGUUUCGUAUUGAAUAUUAACACAAAGGUGUAUAGGCAAGUGGUGAAGAAGAGGUGAUUAAUAGAAUGACGUGAAUAGAAUGCAGGUUUAGUAUUGAAUAUUAACACAAAGGUGUACAGGCAAGUGGUGAGGAAGAGGUGAUUAAUAGAAUGACGUGAAUAGAAUGCAGGUUUAGUAUUGAAUAUUAACACAAAGGUGUACAGGCAAGUGGUGAGGAAGAGGUGAUUAAUAGAAUGACGUGAAUAGAAUGCAGGUUUAGUAUUGAAUAUUAACACAAAGGUGUACAGGCAAGUGGUGAGGAAGAGGUGAUUAAUAGAAUGACGUGAAUAGAAUGCAGGUUUAGUAUUGAAUAUUAACACAAAGGUGUACAGGCAAGUGGUGAGGAAGAGGUGAUUAAUAGAAUGACGUGAAUAGAAUGCAGGUUUAGUAUUGAAUAUUAACACAAAGGUGUACAGGCAAGUGGUGAGGAAGAGGUGAUUAAUAGAAUGACGUGAAUAGAAUGCAGGUUUAGUAUUGAAUAUUAACACAAAGGUGUACAGGCAAGUGGUGAGGAAGAGGUGAUUAAUAGAAUGACGUGAAUAGAAUGCAGGUUUAGUAAUGAAUAGUAACACAAAGAUGUACAGGCAAGUGGUGAGGAAGAGGUGAUUAAUAGAAUGACGUGAAUAGAAUGCAGGUUUAGUAAUGAAUAUUAACACAAAGAUGUACAGGCAAGUGGUGAGGAAGAGGUGAUUAAUAGAAUGACGUGAAUAGAAUGCAGGUUUAGUAUUGAAUAUUAACACAAAGGUAGAGCAUUAGAUGAUUCUGGAUUCCAUGUAGGGUGGUCAAGAAGCAAAUUGCAUUACACAGCAAGUCAUGUAGCCACAUAGAGGAUUACUUUAAUGUACAGGUUUUCUUCAUUAAGUUAACAUAAAAAACAACAGUGAAGCAGUUUGCUUCAUCUGCCCUUUGAAACACAUGAAGUUAAUUUAUGUGUUGCUCAUUAAAUUUGCUGUGAGUGUGCUUGUGCAGCUGUUUUAUUGUAUAUAUUCAGUUUGCUUUCAAGACCUUUGAUCUCAAUGGAUAUUCUAAGUACUUAGGUUAAAUAGUAUUUUUGUCAUCUUGAUAAUUAAUUUUAAUUUGUUCAAUCUUUUUUUAAAUUUACUAAACAGGUACAAGUAAUUUACAAAUAGCAAUUUACAAAAGCAUGUUCGGCAUGAUAUCAUAUUGCCUGUUUUUAUUAGUGAACACUAAUAAAUAUGUUUUUAAUGAAUCUGAUGAUAAGAUGGAUGAAGAAGAUGAUGAUGAGGAAGAUGAUGAUGAUGACGAUAGCGACGAUGAUGAUGAUGACGAUAACGAUGAUGACGAUAACGAUGAUGAGGAUGAUGUUGAUGAGGAUGACGAUAACGAUGACGAUAACGAUGACGAUAACGAUGACGAUGAUGAUGACGAUAACGACGAUGAUGAGGAUGAUUAUGAAGAUGACGAGGAUGAUAAAACUGGAGGCCAGGAUGAUGAUGUUGUCAUCAUAGAUGACAACGAUGAUGAUGAUGAUAAUGACGAUGAUGACGAUAACGACGAGGAUGAGGAUGAUUAUGAAGAUGACGAGGAUGAUAAAAAUGGAGGCCAGGAUGAUGAUGUUGUCAUCAUAGAUGUUAAUGACAAUGAUCAGCAGGUGGAGUUACGGAAUGUAGCGGAAGCACCUACAGAAUCACAACAACCGGUGACCUCACAGCAGUCGAUAACCAGUUCAAACCCACCACCCCUGCUGUCAGUCGGCCAGCAGGCUGUUGGGCGAGCACAGUUAGCUCCCUUUAUUCUUGGG